AUGAAUUAUGGCCACCUUGCAAGUCAAAUGAGAAACCUUGCGAGGGCUGUGCUGAAGGAGCAGGCAAGAAUGGAUUGGUUAACCAAUAGUGUUCUUUUGGUUUUUGCAGAUGAUGCUGCAGACGUUGGUGAAGAGGACAGCUUCUUGGGUCAGACUUCUGCCAACCCCAAUCCACCACAGACUUUCAACUAUUUCUCUCAAGUACCUAGCAGCAGCGAUCCAUUUGGAAGCAUUGGGCAGCCACCCUUAACAACUGUUGCACCACCUGUUGGAGCGCCAGCCUUCUCCAGGCCUCCAACUUCACUUCCACUUGUGUCUGGGUCACAAGAUGGGCAAAAUGCCUUUUCACCGCAUAUUCCUAAGUCACAGUCCUCUUACAGUGCACCACCUACUUCACAGGUGGGAAUCCCGGCUUAUCAGACUCCUCAGCAGAGCUGUCCCCCGCCUGCAAACACGCCAGUUCUUCCCCAAGGAACGUCUCAGCAGGGGUAUAACCCUUAUCGGCACACCACCCUAAGCAGCAGAGCUAACCCAUACCUUACUCCGCCACAACUGCAACAGAGUCACCCACCAGCUCACCCACCGUCCUCUGUCCCACCUGUCCAGAUGUAUCAGACACCUCCAGGGUCAUUGACACAGUUUCCACAGUCUCAGUCACAGCUCCGAGCUCCCAGGCCUGCAGGUCCGCUGGUCCAGGCACCUCCUGUUUUUCUGCAGAACCAAUAUGAGCCGGUUCAGCCACACUGGUUCUACUGUAAGGAGGUGGAGGACAAGCAUGUAUGGAUGCCAUUCAGCAUUCUGGAUUCUGCGAAACUGGAGGAAGUCUAUAAUUCUGUCCAGCCUGAUCCUGAGAAUGUGGUUCUGAGCACUGACGGGGGACGCUAUGAUGUAUACCUGUAUGACAGAAUGAGGAAAGCUGUUUACUGGGAAGAAGAGUCUUCUGAAGUGAGAAGAUGCAUGUGGUUUUAUAAGGGAGACAAGGAUAGCCGGUUUAUUCCUUACACUGAGGAUUUUAGUGAUAAGCUAGAGGCAGAAUAUAAAAGGGCUGUAACUACAAAUCAAUGGCAUCGGCGACUUGAAUUCCCAAAUGGGGAGACGAUUGUUAUGCAUAAUCCCAAGGUCAUAGUUCAGUUCCAACCUUCUGCCACACCAGACGAAUGGGGCACUGCUCAAGAUGGUCAGGCAAGACCAAGGGUAGUAAAACGUGGAAUUGAUGAUGACCAUGAUGAAAUUCCUGACGGAGAAAUGUCCCAAAUUGACCAUUUGGUAUUUAUGGUUCAUGGCAUAGGUCCGGUAUGUGACUUGAGAUUUAGAAGCAUUGUUGAAUGUGUUGAUGAUUUUAGGACUGUUUCCCUGAAGUUGUUGCAGACUCACUUUAAGAAAUCUUUAGAGGAACAUAAAGUGAGCAGAGUGGAAUUCCUCCCAGUUCACUGGCAUAGUUCUUUGCACGGAGAUGCAACAGGUGUAGACAAGAACAUAAAAAAAAUCACUUUGCCGAGCAUUGGACGCCUGCGCCACUUCACCAAUGAAACGCUGCUUGACAUACUGUUUUACAACAGCCCCACGUACUGUCAGACAAUUGUGGAUAAAGUGGGGAUGGAAAUGAAUCGUUUGUAUGCACUUUUCAUGAGUCGCAACCCAGAUUUCAAAGGAGGAGUCUCUGUGGCUGGGCACAGUUUAG